UGUGACGUAUAUUUUCUUGCCGGAAAUCAAAUCGGUUAGGUUGUCGUGUCACAAAUGAAAGACAUGAAGAUGCUGUGUAUAUUCAACUCAGUUCCCACGCAUAUGGAUUAUAAAGGCCAGAAAUUGGCAGAACAGAUUUUCCAAGGAAUAAUUCUCAUCUCUGCGGUGAUUGGAUUUGUGUACGGUCUUAUCAUUCAACAAUUUGGGUGGACUGUAUACAUAGUCCUGGCUGGAUUUGGUAUUUCGUGCAUUAUGACUCUGCCCCCCUGGCCAAUGUACAGAAGGAAUCCCCUGCGCUGGCAGCCUGUUAUACCAGAGAGCAGUGCAGACUCCAGCCAAAGGCCUCAGGAGAGCCUGAAGAAAAAGAAGCACAAAUAACUGCUCCGCAUCUAGCUAUAUUUGCAUCCUUUUGUAUCGGAAAUCAUUUUGAUUUAUCUCACAGCCCACAGUUACAGCAUUUAAAAAAAAAAGUUCUAGUGUUACAGUGAUGACAUAGAUGUGUGUCCAAUAAAAUGUCAAAAUGAAAA